UGCAGGCGGCCCAGAAGCGACCCUUCUUUGCUCCGGGUGGGUGGUGCCCUUCGUCUCCCGACCCAGGGGUCCAGGCGGGACAUGGCCACGGCCACUGUGGCAGCAGCAAGACGAGGCUUCUGCCGAGCCCGUCCACUCCUCCUCCGGCGCGGUUACCAGACGGAGAAGGGCGUCUAUGGCUACCGGCCGAGGAAGCCCGAGAGCCGGGAGCCCCGGGGCGGCCUGGCGCGCCCUCCAGUUGAUCAUGGCCUUGCCAGGUUGGUGACAGUAUACUGUGAACAUGGUCAUAAAGCUGCCAAAAUCAACCCCCUCUUCAGUGGACAAGCCUUGCAGGAGAAUGUGCCUGAAAUCCAAGCUCUUGUGCAGACCCUGCAGGGACCCUUUAAUACCACAGGAUUAUUGAACAUGGGGAAGGAGGAGGCCUCUCUUGAGGAAGUAUUGGCCUAUCUCAACCAAAUCUACUGUGGGCAAAUUUCUAUUGAAACCUCUCAACUUCAGAGCCAGGAGGAGAAAGACUGGUUUGCCAAGCGAUUUGAAGAACUGAAAAAAGAGACUUUUAGCACAGAAGAGCGAAAACACCUGUCAAAACUAAUGCUAGAAUCUCAGGAGUUUGACCACUUUUUGGCCACCAAGUUUGCCACAGUGAAGCGGUAUGGGGGCGAAGGAGCCGAAAGCAUGAUGGGCUUUUUCCACGAGUUGCUGAAAAUGUCAGCCUACAGCGGGAUAACGGAUGUGAUUAUUGGCAUGCCCCACAGAGGGAGGCUUAAUUUAUUGACAGGCCUUCUGCAGUUCCCUCCAGAGCUGAUGUUCCGUAAAAUGAGAGGCUUAAGUGAAUUUCCGGAAAAUGUUUCGGCCACUGGAGAUGUCCUGUCUCACUUGACCUCUUCGGUUGACCUGGACUUCGGCGCGCACCAUCCCCUCCACGUGACCAUGCUGCCUAACCCCUCACACCUGGAAGCCGUCAACCCCGUGGCCGUGGGGAAGACUCGAGGAAGGCAGCAGUCUAGACAGGACGGGGACUACUCUCCAGACAGUUCGGCUCAGCCUGGGGACAAAGUCAUUUGCUUACAGGUUCACGGUGAUGCAUCUUUCUGUGGUCAGGGGAUUGUUCCUGAAACAUUUACGCUGUCUAAUCUCCCACAUUUCAGAAUUGGUGGGAGCGUCCAUCUGAUUGUCAAUAACCAGCUGGGUUACACCACUCCUGCAGAAAGAGGAAGGUCUUCCUUAUACUGCAGUGAUAUCGGGAAGCUUGUGGGCUGCGCCAUCAUCCAUGUCAAUGGAGACAGCCCAGAGGAAGUGGUCCGUGCCACACAGCUGGCUUUUGAAUACCAGCGCCAUUUCCGGAAGGAUGUGAUUGUUGAUUUGUUAUGCUACAGGCAGUGGGGCCACAACGAGCUGGACGAGCCCUUCUUCACCAACCCAGUCAUGUACAAAAUCAUCAGAGCCCGAAAGAGCAUCCCAGACACCUAUGCAGAACACCUGAUUGCCAAUGGACUCAUGACCCAGGAAGAGGUGUUGGAAAUCAAAUCCUCCUACUACUCGAAGUUAAAUAACCAUUUAACCAACAUGGCACACUAUAGCCCCCUGGCCACCAACCUGCAGGCCCACUGGCAGGGCCUGGUCCAGCCGCCAGCCUGCAUUAGCACCUGGGACACGGGUGUGCCCCUCGACCUCCUGCGGUUUAUUGGCGGGAAGUCCGUGGAGGUGCCAGAGGACCUCCAGAUGCACAGUCACCUUCUGAAGAUGUACGUUCAGUCCAGACUGGAGAAAGUGAUGGAUGGAACAAAGUUAGACUGGGCCACAGCAGAAGCUCUUGCCUUGGGCUCAUUACUUGCUCAGGGUUUUGAUGUGCGUCUGAGUGGGCAAGAUGUUGGCCGUGGAACUUUUAGUCAGAGGCACGCAAUGGUUGUUUGCCAGAAGACCGAUGACACCUAUAUCCCUCUGAACCAUAUGGACCCUAAUCAGAAGGGGUUUCUAGAGGUCAGCAACAGCCCCUUGUCAGAAGAAGCUGUCCUGGGGUUUGAAUAUGGAAUGAGCAUUGAAAGCCCCAAGUUACUGCCCCUCUGGGAGGCUCAGUUUGGUGAUUUCUUCAAUGGUGCUCAGAUCAUUUUUGACACGUUCAUCUCUGGAGGGGAGGCUAAGUGGCUCCUACAGAGCGGCAUCGUUAUUCUCCUUCCCCAUGGGUACGACGGGGCUGGACCCGACCACUCCUCUUGCCGCAUAGAGCGGUUCCUGCAGAUGUGUGACAGCGUCGAAGAGGGGGUAGAUGGAGACACAGUGAACAUGUUCGUGGUGCACCCGACUACUCCUGCACAGUAUUUCCACUUGCUCAGGAGACAGAUGGUCCGGAACUUCCGAAAACCCCUCAUCGUUGCUUCUCCGAAGAUGUUACUCAGGUUCCCUGCAGCUGUGUCAACUCUUCAAGAAAUGGCACCAGGAACAACAUUCAAGCCGGUCAUUGGCGAUUCAUCUGUGGAUCCCAAAAAGGUCAAGAGUCUAGUGUUCUGCUGCGGCAAACAUUUCUACGCCCUGCUGAAGCAAAGAGAAUCCUUGGAGGCCAAAAAGCAUGACUUUGCCAUCAUCCGGUUAGAGGAACUCUGUCCUUUCCCACUGGAUUUGUUACAGCAAGAGAUGAGCAAAUACAAACAUGUUAAAGAUUUUAUUUGGAGUCAGGAGGAGCCUCAGAACAUGGGUCCAUGGUGCUUUGUUUCUCCAAGGUUUGAAAAGCAACUGGCCUGCAAGCUCCGUCUUGUGAGCCGACCCCCUCUCUCAGCCCCUGCUGUAGGAAUUGGCACCCUUCAUCUGCAGCAGCAUGAAGAUGUCCUCACCAAGACCUUUGCUUGAUGGUGUCCUUUGAACCAGCAUUACUUCCUUUUAAGAAAACAACCAUGAAGGGCGCCUGGGUGGCUCAGUCGGUUAAGCGGCUGCCUUCAGCUCAGGUCAUGAU